AAAGCCCUGUGUGAGUUUGGCUGCAGCGACGGUUGAGCUUCUCCGGACCUGGUGCGCGAUGACGUCAUUGGCGCAGACGAAGGAGGCGUUCCGCGUGGCUGAGGCGGUGUGCUUUGAUGUGGACAGCACUGUGAUUCGGGAGGAAGGCAUCGAUGAGCUCGCCAAGUUCUGCGGGGUUGGAGAUGCUGUCACUGAAAUGACUCGCAAGGCCAUGGGAGGAUCAGUAACAUUCAAAACAGCUCUGACGGAACGCCUGUCUAUUAUCAAGUGCUCACGGGAGCAAGUAAACAAACUGAUAACGGACCACCCACCUCAGCUGACUCCAGGUAUUAAGGAACUUGUGGAGAGGUUACAUCAGCGCAAUGUGAAGGUCUUCCUCAUUUCUGGAGGGUUUCGCUGCAUUGUGGAGCAUGUAGCCACUCAGCUUGGCAUUCCUCUUGACCAUGUCUAUGCCAACCGCUUGAAAUUUUACUUCAACGGAGAGUAUGCAGGGUUUGAUGAGACUCAACCCACAGCGGAAUCAGGAGGCAAAGGCAAAGUGAUAAGUUUGCUAAAGGAGAAGUACGGCUUCAAAAAAAUAGUAAUGAUUGGAGAUGGUGCCACUGACCUAGAAUCCUGCCCUCCUGCUAGUGCUUUCAUCGGAUUCGGUGGCAACGUGGUGCGGCAGCAAGUAAAAGAGAAGUGUUCUUGGUACGUCACAAGUUUCGGAGAGCUGUUAAAAGAGCUCGAGAAGAUUUAGUGUUUUUGGAUACUGUAGUCUCCCCAUUGCCUGCUUUGUGUGCGCCUUUGUGCUGACGCACUUGCACUUUUUUUAAUUUUAAUGUUUGGAUUUUAACAUUUCAUCAUAUGAAGCUUUUUAAUACACUACAGUGUUUACAAGGUGUAGCAGGCAUGUGUUAAAAUGCUAAUCUUGUGGAAAAACUGAUCAAAGCUGUGAUGUAGUUUUAAUUGCUUAGCAUUUUUGAUGGUGAUGCUUUAGUAGAUCUUUAAAUUUUUUUUUUUUAUAAUAAUAUAUACAAUGUGUAUCUCUCAAGGAUACUUUCAUUUUGGUACUUACCAGAGAGAUUAAAAUGGAUUCUAAUGUACACCUGUAAUUGUGUCUUUUUGAGAAAAUUAUGCAUUCGUAAGUUGCGGAACAGUGUAUUCUUUAUUCUACAGGUUCACAUGUAUAUCUACGGACUGAAAGGUCAUGUUAUUGUAACGUAUUAAAUUGCAACUGAAAAAAGCAAGGAAA